AACAUGCUGAACAUGAUGGACUACUCGCAACUGGUACCUAUCAGAGACCUUCAGGUUCUGAAGAACCUGUAAUGGAAAAAUCUAGAGUAGCCAACCAAUUUCAACUCAAUAAGACUCCUGAAUCCUAUCAGCCCCAACAACCUUAUAAGGCAUUACAUUUUCAACGAAAGGACAGUAAAGAUUUAUGUAAUGACGAAACUUUUGGAACAAAUGGAUAUUCAAAUGGGGUCAGAACAGAAGAGUGGAGGAGAAGAGAAUCCUUUGAGCUUAUAAGAAAGCAACAACAGAAAGCACUGCAAGAGAAGCAAAAACAGAUUCCUGAUAACCACAAACAAAAUCUUGAUGCUGGUAUUGUUUCAUUACUUGAUAGUUCUGCUGAUAAGAAGAACAUAAUUGGCAAAGCUGAUGAAGAAGAAGUGCCUUCAAAGUCUCAGAUUGAAUCUUCUAGAGUUUCUACACACACUUCUCUACCACGACCACUUGUACCACCUGGCUUUGCCACUAUGCCACUGGACAAAAUCCUCCCUGCUCAAUCUCUUUCCUGUGCAUUGGAGGCCCCUAUUACUGAUACUGUUAGCAGUGGGCAUCUAGAUAGCAUACAUGAUGAUCAGGAAAAGUUUCAUUCAUUAGACAUCAUCUUUGAUGAUAGUGUGAAAAAAAUUGUUGAAGACUUCUCUUCCAAAACCUCUGCCCUUGAGAAUGUCAAUAAGGUUCAGGGAGGAGUCAUGAAGAAUAAUGUUUCCGACAUGGAAAAAAUUGAGUUUGAGGGUGCAAAUUCAUUUGUUGACAAUUCUGUUUCCAUAUUGGAAAGGUUGCUUGGUGGUUCUCUACACACUUCUAGCAGCUCUGCCACUUCUGCUGCAGGUUUUAACAUGGAUGAAGAACCAUGGACGCCUUCACUUUCUGAAUCUUCCAAGUUUUCGAGUUGGUCUGUUGAAGAAAACAAGCUUUCUGAAGAUUUAUCAUCGAAGAAUUUACUUUCUUUAAUCACUAAUAAGGGUAAAGUUGGCUCUUCAACUUCAAUAGUUUCUCAUGACAAAUUAUUUAAUCAUUUGGAACCAGACAGUAUCACUUGUAACAAUGCUAGACAUAAAUUUGAUGCAUCUCCUACAACUGCUUUGAUGGUUGAGGUCGCUGAACAAUUUCAUCAAAUUGAUAAGCCAGAUCAAAAUCAUGUUGUACUUACAUGUGAGGAGCUUGAGCAGUCCAUCUUAGCUGAUUUAGAAGGCAGGUCAAAUCUGCAGCAUGUUGUGCACAGACCUGGGAUAGUCACAGACGAAAACAUGAAACAUCUAAAAUCUGAUAUUGAUGAUGAAGCAUCACAACAUCUUCUUUCUCUAUUACGAAAGGAGGCCAAGAAGGAGAAGGAGAAGGAGAUGCCAUUUGGAACUGGGGUAGAUGUUGAAUUCUUGGAUAAAUUGUCUUUAACUGAUAAAAGUUCUCCUUAUCUAGCAAUUCCUGAUAAAAACACUACUGAGAUAAUAUUCAGCUCUGAGAAGUCCAUGAUCCUUGAAGCGUUAUUUGGAGCCAAUUUUAUGAACGAGCUCCAAUUUGCUCAAGCUCCAGUUUCUACAAGAAGAGCAGUGAUAGAUGAUGAAACCAACAUUGAUGCCUUGCUAUCAUCGGUUGGAUUGCCAUUUCCAAAAUCAGAUGCUAGUUUCUGUUCUAGGUCUGGCAAUUGUCAGCUGAAGAAGUUUGUUCGUCAAAUUGACAUUGCACCUCUUAGCAAGGCUGGUCUUGAAGAAAAAAAUUUGGAAUUCCACUUGCCAGAUGAGGAUAGUUUGAUUAUUGAGAGUGACAUUUUGGAACCGGUGAUCUCAGAUCAUUUGCCCUUUGUCGAAACAAGUAAAAAUAAGGAGCUAGUUUCCAAAAUAAAUGUGGAACAUCUCAAAGAUAAAUUGCUAACUGGUAUUCCAAAGGGAGACAUACGAAUAUCUGUGUUGGAUGCUACUUUACAGAGACCACAUAACCUGGACCGUGCUUGUGCUCUUAAGCAUCAUUGCCAGGGAAUGAAAGCAUCUCAUACCAUUAAUUACACUAGAACUCUACAUCCAUUGUUGCAACAUCUCACAAACAGGAAUCAGCAAAUAAAGCAUAUUGGCUCUCAACAAAAUUUAAAUGUCCCUCAAAAUUUUCGUGAGAAUGUUGUUCCUCAUAAUGUUUCCAAUCAUGCCAUUGGUCCCACUUCCUAUGACAUGAUGUCACAGCAGAUGUCAAUUCCCAGAAACUUUCAGUACCAACUGCCUCUCCCAGGUUUUGCAAGAGGUAUACAAUUACCGUGUCAGAUUAUUUUUUUGCAACGGUAUCUACCAAAGACAAACAAUGUGGACAACAUUCCAUUACAGCAACAGCAGCCAACCGGUAGUAGUUCUGGAAUUGGAAUUCCAGGUGCUGUCGCUGGAGGUGGAGGGAAUCAUCCAGAGGCAUUUCAAAGGCAUCCUUGCCCUGCAGCUGCUGGUCACAUUCCAAGUGUGUAUGGUCCAGAAUUUCGAUACAGAUGACGAUAAAACAAUGAAACCCUUGCGAUUCAUUAGUUGCUGCUGUUAUCUUGGUUUUCCUGUGCUUCUUUUUCACCUUUUCUCUUCUGUUUUGGUGAUGCCCAGAGUGUCAUUUCAAAUAGCUCCAGCCAAAGUCUCAAUCCAUUGGUCGUUCUCCCCUCUGAAAAGGAAAAAUAUGGGAAGAUUGGUAGCAAUUAAGAUAAGAGAAUUUUUUGAUACAUGUGUAUACAGGUAACCCUUCAUUUUACAUUCGAUUUCUGGCAUUCAACGUAAAAAAUUCCAUCUGGUUUUACUCCGCAAAGAAUAUGAAAUAAACUCGAGUCACUUCCAGGAUUGAGCUGGAUAUCUACAUUAAAAAUAAAUAAAUAAAUGAAAUAAACUCGAAAUUUUUACGUUAAUAUUUAUUGGAAAUUUGCGACGGUCUCUUU